CAGAGCGCACGUCCUCUAAUAAGGCUUUGCGUAAUGACGUAAACAAACUGCGACAGCGUCACCGACAGUUUGUUUUGGUUGAUGAAUGGACAAGCCCCGCACAAAACUGACAAAUUUCCUUCAUCUGAACUGAAUUAAGAUGAUUCAUGAGCUGUUGCUGGCACUGAGUGGCUACCCUGGGACUAUUUUGACAUGGAACAAACGAACAGGUUUACAGGUGUCUCAGGACCUGCCUUUCCUUCACCCCAGUGAAACCAGUGUCCUCAACCGACUUUGUAAACUGGGAUCGGACUACAUUCGCUUCACAGAAUUUAUAGAGCAACAUACUGGCCAUGUCCAUCAGCAAGAACAUCACACAAACCAACCCAACCAGGCUGGACUCAAUGGGAUUUACCUGCGGGCUUUCUGUACCGGGCUGGACUCCAUGCUACAGCCUUACCGACAAGCCCUGCUGGAUCUUGAACAAGAGUUCCUUGGAGAUCCACAUCUGUCUAUAUCCCAUGUGAAUUAUAAGCUUGAUCAGUUUCAGCUGCUCUUUCCCUCUGUGAUGGUGGUGGUAGAGACAAUAAAAUCACAGAAGAUCCAUGGCUGUCAGAUCCUGGAGACAGUGUACAAACACAGCUGUGGAGGCCUUCCCCCUGUACGCAUGGCUUUGGAGAAGAUUCUCGCAGUGUGCCAUGGUGUGAUGUACAAGCAGCUGGCAGCUUGGAUGCUGCAUGGAUUGCUGCUGGACCAGAGUGAGGAGUUCUUUGUGAAACAGGGUCCCAGUGCAGGAGGGGCCGCUGCCAACCAGGAAGAGGAGGAGGAGGACCUGGGAAUAGGAGGGUUGAGUGGGAAGCAGCUCAGAGAACUACAGGACUUGAGGCUGAUUGAGGAGGAGAACAUGCUAGCCCCCUCUCUUCAGCAGUUCUCCCUGCGAACUGAGAUGCUGCCUUCUUACAUUCCAAUCCGAGUCGCUGAGAAAAUCCUAUUUGUGGGAGAAUCUGUCCAGAUGUUUGAGAACCACAACCACAGUCCCUCCAGAGCUGGCUCCAUACUGAAGCACCAGGAGGACAUGUUCGCCACAGAGUUGCACAGACUCAAACAGCAGCCCCUUUUUAGCCUGGUGGACUUUGAGAAUCUGAUCGAUGGCAUCAGGAGCACAGUAGCCGAGCAUCUGUGGACGCUGAUGGUAGAGGAGUCAGAUCUGUUGGGACAGCUCAAGAUUAUUAAGGAUUUCUACUUACUGGGUCGUGGCGAGCUCUACCAGGUUUUUAUUGACCAUGCGCAGCACAUGCUGAAGACCCCGCCGACAGCUGUCACUGAGCAUGAUGUGAAUGUGGCCUUUCAGCAGGCUGCUCAUAAGGUCCUGCUGGAUGAUGACAACCUCCUCCCUCUGCUGCACCUCACUAUCGACUACCAAGGCAAAGACAGCAAAGAGGCGACGGGCACCAGAGACGGAGCCACUCCUCCACAGGACACUUCCCCUCGAGAGGUGCCACCUACUGGCUGGGCAGCUCUGGGUCUGGCCUACAAGGUCCAGUGGCCUCUGCACAUCCUCUUCACUCCGGCUGUUCUGGAGAAGUACAAUGUUGUGUUCAGGUACCUGCUGAGUGUGCGGCGGGUGCAGUCGGAGCUGCAGCACUGCUGGGCGCUGCAGAUGCAGAGGAAGCACCUCAAGUCCAGCCAGACAGAUGCAGUCAAAUGGAGGCUACGCAACCACAUGGCUUUCUUGGUCGACAACCUGCAGUACUACUUGCAGGUGGACGUGCUGGAGUCUCAGUUCUCUCAGCUGCUUCAGCAGAUCAACUCCACCAGAGACUUUGAGAGCAUCAGAUUGGCCCACGACCAUUUCCUCAGCAACCUGCUGGCCCAGUCCUUCAUUCUCCUGAAGCCGGUAUUCCACUGUCUAAAUGAGAUCCUGGAGCUGUGUCAUAACUUCUGCUCACUGGUCAGUCAGAAUGUGGCGCCGCUGGAUGAGCGGGGAACUGCUCAGCUGGACAUCCUGGUCAAGGGCUUCAGUCGCCAGUCCUUCUUGCUAUUCAAGAUCCUUUCAAGUGUGCGCAACCACCAGAUCAACUCUGAUCUGGCCCAGCUUCUGCUCAGACUGGACUACAACAAGUAUUACACCCAGUCUGGAGGCACUCUGGGCAGCUUCUGAGUGGGAGAUUUGGAUUAACAUUUGGAACAAGGCCUGCCUACCCUGAACUCUCACACUGGACAGAAGACAUGACUUGUGCACAACUCCUGUCAAUCUCAUCCUUGGCUUUUGUUGUGGCCAAAAUACAUAUGUUAUGCCUGGUAAAAUUAUCCUCAACUAUAGAACAACUUUUUGUAUAAAUUGUAAAUACUGCAACCCCAAUGUGUGUACCAUUCUUUUCUACAGUGCAAAUAAAAUUAAAACCAUUAAAAUGAAA